UGGAGAUGGGGAGUGUCUUGGGGUGAAAUGGUAUUUUUCUCCCUCAAUUGGUUUUGCUCUGGGAUUUCCUGCAAUACUGGGAUUCAUCAUUUGAUUUUCUUCUGGAUUGGGUUCUGCAUCUCUGGCUCCUGGCUUGGGAAGGGCUUUUCUGCCUGUGAGAAGCUGUGAUUUUAUGCAUAAAACUCCUUUAAAGGCUCCUUGGGGAAGGACAUAAGACUUGCAGAUCCUUGUUUUGAAACAAAUGUGCAUAAAAGUUACUGUGUAAACUUCUGAUGUUUUCUAGCUUCUAAAAUUUCACUCAGAACUGUUCAUGUGCCUUUGAAAUGAAAAGUUUUAUCCAGUCAAAAUGAAACCUUGGUGCCCUGGGUGUGGAAUGUGCCCACUUUAGCUGGCUUUAAUUCCAGGAGCUGGGAGCACUGGCUGUGCCACACUCACCCGUUCAAACACAGACCUGGGAGCACUCCCUGCUUCGUUUUGUGUUUUCCUAACACCACGGGUACUUCCAGGAGCGUCUGCAAUACUUCUUGGCUGCUUUGAAAUCGGUUUAAACACACUUUAAAUGCUUUUUUUGCAUGUAAAAGUCUGGCAGGAGCCGUUUUCCUGCAGUUCAUCCUCCACAGCCCAGCACUGCCAUCUCGUGAGCACUCGGGGUGUGGAGCUGCUGCAGCUCCUGGCAUGGAGAACUCCUUCGUGGGGAUACGUGCAGCUGAAACGCCACUGAAACCUUUUAUUUCCCUUACAGAUUUCCAGCAUUACCUUAAAAAAAGUCUAUUUUAAAACUGUGGUUUCAUCCUGAAUGGUUUGAGAGUUUGUUUGGGAUGUUUUGGAGUUGUGCAAUUGUACAAUACAUUGCAAAUACAAAGUAUAAUGAAGCUACAUUAAAAAAAAAAAAAAAAAAAAAACUUAAUUUUAUAAUUUUUGGUGCAAGCUAGCACAUGAAAAAACCCCAAACUGGAGAUAGCUGUUGGGUUUGAACCUAAACAGAAAAUGGUGAAGCAUUUUGGUGGAAAGCUCGUGGGGUGGCAAGCUCUGCACUGACAGCUGAAGGUGCUGAGAAGCUGUUAUUUUUGUGGCAGGAUCCUGAGGAGGCACCACUUUCUGUGGUGAGCUGGGGCAGAUGUUCAGCCCUGCUCUAUAUUUAGCCCCUUCCGAGCUCUCGGGUGAUCCUGGGGUCAGGAGUUCCUGACUGAGUGGGUUUUUGGUGGGGAGCCCCUCCUGUCCGUGUUAGAGGUACUUUCACAAACCCCCUUGCAGGAAUAGAAGGAGGAAAUGAAAAAUCUCCCCAGGCUUUCUGUGGAGCUGCCUGGAGCUGGGAGUUAAACACCAGAGGUUUUAAGCAGAGUCUUUCGUGCCCCUUCCCUUCCCGUGUGCCCCUGCAGGACUGGAGCUAUGGGGUCGGAACACCCGAGCCCGCAGAACCCUGGCUGCAAGAUCAUGACCUUCCGGCCCUCGCUGGACGAGUUCCGCGACUUCGGCAGGUUCAUCGCCUUCAUGGAGUCCCAGGGGGCCCACCGGGCUGGGCUGGCCAAGGUGAUCCCCCCCAAGGAGUGGAAGCCGCGGCGCACGUACGACGACAUCGAUGACAUGGUGAUCCCGGCGCCCAUCCAGCAGGUGGUCACGGGCCAGUCGGGGCUCUUCACCCAGUACAACAUCCAGAAGAAGCCCAUGAGCGUGGGCGAGUACCGGCGCCUGGCCAACAGCGAGAAGUACUGCACCCCUCGGCACCAGGACUUUGAGGACCUGGAGCGCAAGUACUGGAAGAACCUCACCUUCGUGUCUCCCAUUUAUGGGGCUGACAUCAGCGGCUCCCUCUACGAUGCAGACGUGGAUGAGUGGAACAUUGGCAACCUGAACACCCUUCUGGACAUGGUGGAGCACGAGUGUGGCAUCAUCAUCGAGGGUGUGAACACUCCCUACCUCUACUUUGGGAUGUGGAAGACAACUUUUGCUUGGCACACAGAGGACAUGGAUCUCUACAGCAUCAACUACUUGCAUUUUGGGGAGCCCAAAUCCUGGUACGCCAUUCCCCCGGAGCACGGCAAGAGGCUGGAACGCCUGGCAAAAGGAUUUUUCCCAGGAAGCUCUCAGGGAUGCGAUGCUUUCCUCCGUCACAAGAUGACCCUCAUUUCUCCCUCCAUCCUGAAGAAGUAUGGGAUUCCCUUUGACAGGAUCACCCAGGAGGCCGGGGAGUUCAUGAUCACAUUUCCCUACGGGUACCACGCUGGCUUCAAUCACGGCUUCAACUGCGCCGAGUCCACCAACUUCGCCACCCUGCGCUGGAUCGACUACGGCAAGAUGGCAACGCAGUGCACGUGCCGCAAGGACAUGGUGAAGAUCUCCAUGGACGUGUUUGUCAGGGUGCUGCAGCCCGAGCGCUACGAGCUCUGGAAGCAGGGCAAGGACAUCGCCGUGCUGGACCACAUGAAGCCCACGGCCCUGAGCAGCCCCGAGCUCGACGCCUGGAACGAGACCAAGGCAGAGCUGAAGGCGAAGCUGCUCCGCAGGAUAGGAGAUGAGGAAGAGGACAGCAAACACCGGUCUCACCGAAAAAGGAGUCAGCCCAGAAGACACAAAACAGAGGAUCAGAAGUCUCUUGGGGAUGUCAUGGCUAUUGAAACUGCCUUGGAAGAUGUGAAAGUAAAAGAGGAGCUGAAAAGGGGGCCGGAUCUGGAGGAAGAGGAGAGAGGCAAAGGGCCGGAGGGAGAAGCAGGCGAGUGCAAGGCCAAGGCGCGGCCCGCCAAGGCCAAGGGCGAGCGGAAGAAGAAGCAGCCGUUCCCCCCUCAGCCGCCGGGGCCGCCCCCGGGGCCCGUCCCGGCCCCCCAGCCCUGUCCCGAGGCCGGCCCGGGCCCGGCACGGCCGCCGGGGCCCCCCUCGGCCCCGGGCGCGGAGCAGGGCCGGCCCGCGGCCGCGCUGAACGUGGUGCAGCCCUCGGAGGCGCCGGCCGAGGAGGACGACUUCAAGCCGCGGCCCAUCAUCCCCAUGCUGUACGUGGUGCCCCGCAGCAAGAAGGUGGUGUUCGACAAGGAGCACAUGUCCUGCCAGCAGGCCUUCGAGCAGUUCGCCACGCAGAAGGGGCUGGGCUGGCGCGAGCAGGGCCCGCCGCAGGGCCCCGGCAAGGAGCAGGACGGCGCCGAGGCCGAGCGCGCCCCGCUCGCCGCCGAGGCUGCUUCUGCCUUCUCCAAGAUGAAGAUGGAGAUCAAGAAGAGCCGCCGGCACCCGCUGGGCAAGCCCCCGACGCGCUCCCCGCUGUCCGUGGUCAAACAGGAGACCUCGAGUGACGAGGAAAUGUUUCCAUUUUCUGGAGAGGAAGAGAUGAGUGAUCCAGAGGCUUUGAAAUCUUUACUUUCCUUCCAGUGGAAGAACAAAGCACUUAAUUUCCCAGCUGAAAGGAAGUUCAAUGCAGCUGCUGCCCUGAGUGAGCCAUACUGUGCUGUCUGCACCCUCUUCUACCCCUAUAACCAGUCCUCACAGGUGGAGAAGGAAGCCGCCCCGCUCUCCGCAGGGGAGCCGCCCUCCUUCCUGCACCUUUCCAAGUGUGGCCAGAGGAGCAAGCCCCUGAUCCCAGAGAUGUGCUUUACCUCAAGUGGAGAAAACACCGAGCCCCUUCCUUCAAAUUCCUACAUCGGAGAGGAUGGAACCAGUCCCCUGAUAUCCUGUGCCAAAUGCUGCCUGCAGGUUCAUGCUAGCUGUUACGGGAUACGCCCGGAGCUGGUGAACGAGAGCUGGUCGUGCUCGCGGUGCUCGGCCGGCGCCUGGGCAGCGGAAUGUUGCCUGUGCAAUCUCAGGGGAGGAGCUCUCCAGAUGACCACUGAUGGCCGGUGGGUCCAUGUAAUCUGUGCUAUCGCUGUCCCCGAGGCGCGCUUCCUCAAUGUCAUAGAGCGUCACCCUGUGGAUAUCAGCGCCAUCCCCGAGCAGAGGUGGAAACUGAGGUGUGUGUACUGCAGGAAGAGGAUGAAGAAGGUGUCUGGGGCCUGUGUGCAGUGCUCCUACGAGCACUGCUCCACGUCCUUCCACGUGACGUGCGCGCACGCGGCCGGCGUGCCCAUGGAGCCCGACGACUGGCCCUACGUCGUGUCCAUCACCUGCUUCAAGCACAAAGCAGCAAACCAGAACGUGCCGUUGCGCAGGGAGGUGGCCCUGGGGCAGACAGUGAUCACCAAGAACAGGAACGGGCUCUACUACCGCUGCAGGGUCAUCGGCACCAGCACCCAGACCUUCUACGAAGUCAACUUCGACGACGGCUCCUACAGCGACAACGUCUACCCCGAGAGCAUCAUUAGCAGGGACUGCAUCCAGAUGGGGCCCCCUCCCGAGGGGGAGCUGGUGCAGCUGCAGUGGACGGAUGGGAUCAUCUACAAGGCCAAGUUCAUUGCAGCCCAGAUCAGCCAGAUUUACCAGGUGGAGUUUGAGGAUGGCUCUCAGCUGAUGGUGAAGAGAGGGGAUAUUUAUACCUUGGAGGAAGAGCUUCCCAAGAGAGUCAAGUCUCGCCUGUCCCUCAGCACUGGGGCCCCUCAGGAAGAUGUAUUUUCAGGAGAUGAAGUGAGAGCAGCCAAGCGUCCCCGGCUGGGGAAUCCAAGGAAUCCUGAGGAAUAUGGACAAAGCCCAGAUUACUUGGCCUUUAUGGAGAGCCUGUUGCAGACACAGUACCAGCCUGGGACUCAGAGCAACAUGUUUUAACCAGGAUUCAUUCAAAAUAUUCAAUUAACCCUUUUUGAGUUAGCGGAAAAAUAAAUAGGAAACUGUGGAACGGAAGACCAGCCCUGUGCAAUAGCCUGCUGUGAAUUUCUUUCAUCUCCUCUUGGUUUGGACUGCAGGAAAUAAAUCCCUGUCUGGCUGCUACCUCGACCUUGCCAGGAGUUGCUGACCAAGAGCUGGGGAGCUUGGAAACCCUUCAGCUUUUCACACGGAGACUUUGGAAGAGUUUCUACAGAUGGAGCUUUGUGACUGGUUCUUUUUUACGAGGAAAGGGUUAAAAUUUAACAAAAUGACUUUUUCAGAUCUGUCAAACUUUUGUCUUUCAAGGUGCUAUUACAUUGACUACUGAAGCAGCCUUUGGAAUCGUGUUUUCUGUACAUAGACGUCACCUUUGUGAAGUUUUCUAUGAAUGAGCAUUAUUAAAAAAAAAAAGCAAGCAAAAAUAGGAAAAUGAAAGUUUCCACAAAACAUUUUUCUAGAUUAUGGCUUUAAAACAGAAAAUAAAUGAAAUCCUCCCCCCUCACCCCCAGACGAAUUGUGACUGAUGUUACAGCGGGGAGAGGGAGAGCAAGAGCAGAUGUCCUGGAAUGUUCUGGGUUCUUCUUUUGUAAAGAAACACAAUCUUUGUAAGCCGGGGAAGGUGGGGGAGGAGGUGUUCACCGCUGGGAUGUUUCUGCCGUUGGCUCUCUCACGCCCUGGGCUGGAUGUUGGCAUCGCCGCCGUGUCCCCAGGGAGGGGCUUAGGGAAGAAAUGGCCACGUUUGGGUCAUCCCUGUCAUCUUCCUUCCCCACCUUUGCCAUCGUAGUUGCUUUCUAGUUCAGGAUCAGCAUGGCUUGAGUUCCAGUGUGCCACCCUGGUUUGGCAGUGUUCUGUUGCUGCUUGUGUUAGCUCCCCACGAGCGAGAGGCUCCCCAGCAGCACUUCUCCCUUAGCACUUAUCCUUUCUCUUUCCUUUGUCUCUUUAUUUUUUAAUUUUUUUUUUUUUUUUGAGUUGUGCUCCUUACAGUGUGAGAAUCAUUCCAUGACAGAAGCUUGGGAGGUGUUUGUAUGUUUUUCUUUUAUCCUAUUAAAGAAGAAAUUCCUCAAA